UGUGGUUCCAGUUGUUGUUCCUGUUGUGGUUCCAGUUGUUGUUCCUGUUGUGGUUCCAGUUGUUGUUCCUGUUGUGGUUCCAGUUGUUGUUCCGAGUUGUUCCUGGAGUGGUUCCAGUUGUUGUUCCUGUUGUGGUACCUGUGUGGUACUUGGUGUGGUUCCAGUUGUUGUUCCUGUUGUGGUACCUGUUGUUGUUCCUGUUGUGGUUCCAGUUGUUGUUCCUGUUGUGGUUCCAGUUGUUGUUCCUGUUGUGGUUCCAGUUGUUGUUCCUGUUGUGGUUCC